CAGACUUGGCUGCAACCAUGAAAUGCAUCUCAUCUCUCUCUCUUUGCUUCCUGCUAUGUCUAUGUGCAAUUCAAAGUGUGUCAUCUGAAAACGCUAUCGUCCCUCCAAGAGGUUGGAACUCCUACGAUGCAUUUAGCUGGAUCAUUUCUGAAGAAGAAUACUUACAGAAUGCUAAUAUACUUUCUGAAAAGUUGCUUUCUCAUGGAUACGAGUAUGCUGUUGUGGAUUUCCUCUGGUAUAGGAGUCUGAAGGGUGACAGAAAUUCUAUUGGUUUUGACAUGAUUGAUGAAUGGGGAAGAAUGCUCCCUGAUCCUGAAAAAUGGCCUUCUUCAGGAGGAGGAAGAGGGUUCACUGAUGUAGCAAACAAAGUUCAUAAUAUGAGUCUCAAGUUUGGGAUUCAUCUUAUGGCUGGAAUCAGUACGCAAGCAUUCAAUAACAACACGCCAAUACUAGAUACAACUACGGGACAACCCUACACGGAAUCUGGUCGAGUGUGGAACGCAAAAGACAUUGGAAUCCCAUCAAGGGCUUGUAGAUGGUUGAAUAACAGUUUCAUGGCUAUAAAUGUAACAACAGGAGCUGGAAAAGCCUUUCUAAGAUCAAUUUAUGAGUUAUAUGCUUCAUGGGGAGUUGAUUUUGUGAAACUAGAUUGUGUAUUUGGCGAGGACCUGGAUUUGGGUGAGAUAACAUCUGUAUCAGAGAUUCUAAAUGGCCUUAACAAUUCCAUUGUAUUUUCCCUGUCUCCUGGAGUAAGUGCAACACCAGAAAUGGCUCAGAUGGUUAGUAGUCUGGUUAACAUGUACCGUGUAACAAAAGAUGACUGGGAUGCAUGGCCAGCAAUAUUAUCUCAUUUUAAUGUAUCAAGAGACUUUGCCGCAUCAAAUUUAACAGGAGCACAAGGUCUCAAGGGAAAAUCUUGGCCUGAUUUGGACAUGCUACCAUUUGGAUGGCUAACUGAUGCAGAUGCUCAUGAAGGUCCACAUAGGUCUACUAAUCUUACUCAAGAUGAGCAAAGAACUCAGAUGACUUUGUGGUGUAUGGCAAAGUCUCCAAUUAUGUACGGAGGGGAUCUACGGAAUAUUGAUCCACAGACCUUUGAUCUUAUAACAAAUCCUACCCUUCUGGAGAUAAACUCUUUUAGCUCAAACAAUCAAGAGUUUCCUCAUAUCGCAACAUUAGAUUCUGCCAAGACCGAUGGGAUUAGAUCUUGGAUUGCAACCGGAAGAAAUGGGGAGAUCUAUGUUGCUUUUUUCAAUCUAAAUGAUGAGAAAACAACAAUAUCUGCAAACGUUGUAGACCUUACUAUUGUGCAACCAGGUGGAAGAACGUUGAGCGUUUAUGAGGGAACCGAAACGUGGAGUGGAACACUUAUAAGAACGAAUGAUACAUUCUCCGCAGAAGUGGCAGGUCAUGGAAGUGCGUUGUUUGUCCUUCGUAGCAGUUAAAAUUUGGCUUGAAAUCGUAUUUCAAUGUUUGUUUAUAUAUUCAUAUUUCAACUUCAAUCGAUACUUUUAAUUUAGCAAAUCUUUUUUUCAACUA